CGAUCUCUGUCUGCCCAUAACUACGCGCUUCCUCCUUCUGCUGGAAAAUCUUCUGUCCAACUCUUCUCCUCGCCCUCUAUAAGCGCCAGUACUGAAAGCGGUUAUUCGGCGUCAAAGUAAGUGUUGGUGCAGGCUACGUUGGUAGCUACGAUCAGAAAUGUGAGUUUGCUUCGCUCUCGCGGUCUCAUUCUUUUUUUCUCUCCAGAUCCUACUGGAACUAAACACUGUCAACGCGAGCGACCCGGAUGGAGUCGACAAUGUCUCACUAUCCAUAUCUCCCGGAGGAAACUCUACCUGUUCAAAUCGAUGAUCAUCCCUCUGUAAGCCUUGACGUAACCAUCAUCAAGGCGUUUGAGCCUUUCACUCUUUCGUGCGCUCUACUCGUUCGACUCAACUGGCCUACGUUGCGAGGGGAGUAUGUCUUAAAACUAUUCGAUCGACGCUAUGCUACACAACUUCGACGAGACAAUCAAGCCAGCGCUUGGACUGCCGAUGUCGAAGUAGCAUAUCACACCCUUGUGGAGAGCAGCGACAUGGCUUCUCUUUUCGCGCUCUACGCUCAAAAAGAGACCGACUACGAGUGGACCCCAAAGGCGGAGGCGGGUUGGGAUUCGGCGCAUCGUGAAGCCUAUCUUCAAUUCUGCUGCCGAAAACAUUUCUCGACGGAAACCCUGGUGUACGAUCAGCUCCGCGACCUUCAAGGCGAAUGCAUUCCCCAUCUUGCAGCCCGAAUCCUGGUCAAAUCCCCAUCAAGCUCCGGCCCCACCCGUGAAUAUCUCGACUGCCCAGGUAUCUUGUUGGAGUACGUCCAAGGCUUCAGCCUAACCGAUCUCGACAAGUUUGCACCCAAAGCCGCCUGGCAACAGAUAUGUGACGAAGCGAUUCGGAUUAUCAACCUGAUUGGCGGGAGAGGUAUCCGCAAUGAAGAUGUCAAGACGAGGAGCUUUAUCGUACGUCAUCAUCCAUCGACGAAUUAUCAGCAGACGACCCGGCCAAACGUUGUCAUGAUAGACUUCGGGUCCUGCGUCCUACGGACAAAGGAUCAAGAUGAUCGCGAUUGGAGAGAGUGGAAAGCGAUGCAAGACGAAGAAGGUGCAAUUGGCAUGGUCAUGGAGAGGAAGCUCAAUGGAGGCUUCACUUAUGUACGAACUGCGGAGUCUGAGAGAUUGAUGGACGAGUUCAUGAGCGAAUAGCAAAUUUUGCAAGAAUAGCCAACAAGUGAGAAGGUCGAAGCUGCCCUGUGGGCCAUUUUCGAUUAAUCGCCGGUAUCGACGGAGGUACUUGCUGGCUUUCUCUUCUAGAUAUGAUCUUUUGAGGCCCAAAGCUGAGGUUACUGAGGUAAACGGUAAGAAAAUAUCAAAAUACGUUCGUAUUGAAAGCUAU